AUGCCUUCCAACCUCCCGCCGCCUGGCUUCAAGUCUCGUCUUCAGAGCUCUGCUCAGAUCGAAAUCAACGCACCUGUCACUGAGGUGUAUGGGAAGUCCUCAUGGAUCUCUCAUCCUACCCUGAAUGGAAUCCCUGGCUGUGGUGCUUUGAGUGUCUGCCUGAUCGUUACGCUUACGCUCAACCCGAUCCUUUCCGACUCAGACGCUCGGCCGUCGCGCUCAUCUGUGGCCCUCCUCUUCCGUGCCGAGUUCGCUCAAUCGCUGCUAGAAACCUCCCCCGGAAAGACGCUCUACGAAGCGCGCCAUCUCUUCGCGGGCAUGUCCGCGCCCGUGAUCUCGCUGCUCAUACUGAACGGCCUCGAUCUCUGCCUGAAUGCAAUGGCGACCGCGCUGAAGGAGCGGGCGGAGAGCCGCCAGCAAUAG